CGGACUGUGCAGCGCGCAGCAUCAGCAGGCAGAGUGAGAGCCGAUGGAUGAACAUAUGAACGGAGACGUCACAGACAGAGCCUGAGCACACACUGAAGACGUGUCGGCAAUAAACUGACAGAAACAUUUACCGGAGUAUUGCAGAGCUGUGGGCAUUCCAUUAGCAGAAAGGGAGAAUUGAGAAGGCAACAGAAGAAACAAGGGAGCAACUGAACCAGCACGAGCAGGCACUUCUUCCCCACUCUCUCCUCUCUGCUUGUCACAGCUUUGCUAAGAUGAAGCUGAAAGAGGACCUGAACCCCAUGCUGCUGCUCCUCUUCCACCUCAUGGUGUGGAUCUACACCGUCAUCACCUUUCUACCUUCCUACCUCCUUAGCUGGGUGUCCAGACCUGACGGGAGCUUCUACGGCUCAGAGGAGGAGAGAGCCAAGAGAGCCAAAGCUCGUUCGGUCCUGGGACAACCAGAGGGACCAUACCGAGCAGUGAGCUCCAUGAAGAAGCUGGUCACAUCUCUGCAUCCAGGAGUGGACACACUGGAUAAGAUGUUCGAGUAUGCAGCCAUGAGGUUCCCCCACAGAGACUGCCUUGGGACAAGAGAGGUGAUUAGCGAGGAAGAUGAGCGACAAAGCAACGGGAAGGUGUUCAAGAAGGUAUUUCUGGGCGAGUACCACUGGCUCUCCUACGAGGACACCCUCACUGCAGCCACCCAUCUGGGCAGUGGUCUGGCAGCGUUGGGGCAGCGGCCUAAAACCAACAUCGCUAUCUUCUGUGAGACACGAGCAGAAUGGAUAAUAGCUGCCCAGGCUUGUUUCACAUACAACUUCCCAUUGGUCACCAUUUACUCCACAUUGGGAGGUCCCGCUAUUGCCCACGGGCUGAAUGAGACUCAGGUGACCCACAUCAUCACCAGCAGGGAGCUCCUGGAGACCAGACUCAAGGCCAUCCUAACAGACGUUCCAAGGCUGCAGCACAUCAUCGUAGUGGACAACACACCGACCGUGUGGCCCAGCUAUCCACGUGGCAUCAGCAUCCACAACAUGGCUGCGGUUCAGAAGCUGGGAGCCAGGCAUGAGAAUGCAGCACGUGAGCGCAAGGCCCCGCUGCCCUCGGACAUUGCAGUCAUCAUGUACACCAGCGGAUCCACAGGCAUUCCAAAGGGCGUUAUGAUCUCCCACAGCAACAUCAUCGCUGGGAUUACAGGAAUGGCUGAGAGGAUACCCAACCUGUGUGAAGAAGACACCUAUAUCGGCUACCUGCCUCUUGCCCAUGUACUGGAGCUCAGUGCAGAGCUCGUAUGUGUGUCUCAUGGCUGUAGGAUUGGCUAUUCAUCGCCUCAGACUCUUGCUGACCAGUCAACAAAGAUCAAGAAAGGAAGCAAAGGAGACACCAGUGUGCUCCAGCCCACUCUGAUGGCAGCUGUCCCGGAUGCACUCUUCUCUCCCUCUCACUCACAUGGAGACCCCCUCCCCCCCAUCUCCCAGUGGUCGUGGUGUAAAGGCCAGAGGGCCCCAGUUUCUGGAACCAUUCACAGCUGUAAACAGAACGAGAUCAUGGACCGUAUCUAUAAGAACGUGAUGACCAAGGUUGAGGAGAUGAACUGUGUUCAGCGAACGCUUUUCAUUCUGGCAUACAACUACAAACUGGAGCAGCUCGCCAAAGGAUACAGCACACCACUGUGUGACAGACUGGUGUUCAGGAAAGUCCGCUCUCUGCUAGGAGGACGGACACGGGUGUUGCUUUCAGGUGGGGCGCCACUCUCAGCAGCCACGCAGCGUUUCAUGAAUGUGUGUUUCUGCUGCCCUGUGGGUCAAGGAUACGGCCUGACGGAGACCUGCGGAGCUGGAACCAUUAGCGAGCUGUGGGAUUACAGCACUGGGAGAGUGGGAGGACCGUUGGUGUGCUGUGAGAUCAAGCUUAAAGACUGGGUGGAGGGUGGGUACCGUAGCACUGACAAGCCUCAUCCCAGGGGAGAGAUUCUCAUUGGUGGGCCCAACGUAACCAUGGGAUACUACAAGAAGGAUGCGAAAAACCAAGAGGACUUCUUUGUAGACGAGAACGGCCAGCGUUGGUUCUGUACAGGCGACAUUGGAGAGUUUCAGGAAGACGGCUGUCUCAAGAUCAUUGAUCGUAAGAAAGACUUGGUGAAGCUGCAGGCAGGAGAGUACGUUUCCCUGGGAAAGGUGGAGGCCAUGCUGAAGAACUGCCCUCUGAUCGAUAACAUCUGUGCCUAUGCCAACAGUGACGAGACGUACGUGAUUGGCUUUGUGGUGCCCAAUCAGAAGCAGCUGUUGGCUCUGGUUGACCAGUACGGUAUCCGAGGGUCAUGGGAGGAGCUGUGCAACAGCAAAGCCGUGGAGGAGCUCGUCCUCAGGGUCAUUACUGAGGCCGCACUGACAGCCCAGCUAGAACGCUUUGAGAUCCCCCGCAAGAUCCGACUGAGCCCAGAACCGUGGACACCCGAGACAGGAUUAGUGACUGAUGCGUUCAAGCUCAAACGCAAGGAGCUGAAAACACAUUACCAGGAUGACAUAGAGAGAAUGUACGGUGGAAAAUGACAGCCAGGACCAGCACAGACCCGAGACCAGAACAAUACUUAACUCUGAAACACUCCCACACCCCCAACCCCCAUUCCUUUAGUCUGCAGUGAAAGAGCCACAGCAACAUAAAUCUGUGUGAAAUCUUGUUGUUUCAAGGAUCUCACAGAAACACAGAUAAACCAGUUUUACAGAGGAAGCAGAUUUUACUUGAAUUUGUUGCAAAAGACGGGCUGAGAAGGUCUUUGUAAGAAAACAUCCCUUGUGCCCUUUUUUUCCAUCCAGGUGUGUGACCCUAUUCCAGAGGUCUUUAUUGUUCCAGAUGUGAGUUAUGAAACAGAGCAUGCGUAAGCUGGUGUUGUCUGUUGAACUCUUGUCUGAGUUGCCACAGCAGAAGCUCAGGUCGCUUGUAGCCUCGGUGCUUUUUGCUCACCUGUGUCGCACUAUGUAGCGAAAUCAGUUCAUUUUGGUCUUCUUCUAAAAGUUUAACUUCAAAUUUCUAAUUUCCUGCAGGUCAGGAGACGGUUAAUUUUCUUUUCUUGUCUUUAACUUGUUUGGUGUUCUGUCAGUGGUUUAUUUUGCCUCCCUCCCACAGUCAGACUGCGACUCCCACGCUCGUGGGGCGUCUCUCCCAUCAGCACAUUGUGAAACUAAAAGCACAAAGUCAUUUGAGGGCAAUGAAAGCAGGUUGGUAAUCAAAGAUAAAUCCUUUUAUGUGAGCUGAUGAUUUUUAUCUUUUAACAAUGAUUCUAGUUUCGGAAAAUUACCAAAUUGUGACUAAUAGGCCUUUUAAACACUGAAGAAAAAGAAACAAAAGUGCAUGUUUAGACAUUCUCUACAGCAAUACAGUACACUUUUCAGUGGGUACUCCUUAUAUUACAGAUGAAAUGACUGUGUAAUCAUUGUAGUAUUGAUAAAUCAUAAUGCAAUAUGAAAGUAGAUUGCAUCUGCUCGAGUAAGGCAGUUGAUUACAGACAGGAUCUAAAUAAAACUUUAUCAGUG